CAAGUGUGUAAGGUUGAUUUGGGUGUCCAUGAAAGGUUGACAUUUUCAAUAGUUUGGGAACGACAUAGGCGAACGGGAAAGCAGGGCAGAACACCAACGUAAUAACGCAAAGCCUAAGAUGGUAAAACAAAGCCCAAUUUCAUCACUUUCUUAAUCUCCUCGUUACACUCUUUCAGAAAGGCAAACUAGAAUCUUCAUCAUUUCUUUUUUUCCGCUUCGAAUUGCAAAAAUGGGAUUGAUUUCGUUGGUAAAGGAGCUCUUGAUGGCUUUCUUUUUCAUGUGUUCAGUGCAAUUUUGGAGAAUGGCGUUGUUGUGGUCUUUCUCUGUUCUUUUUUCUUAUUACCGAUUGUUCAAGGCUUCCCUAUCACAGUGGCUAGUGUUCAAACCUGUAAUUCUCGAUAAAUGUCCUUUCUUCUCUCAGAAACUCGUGUCCUAUCCCAGGUGCUCCCCUUUCACAAGUAAUUUUAGGCCUGUUUGCGUUGUCACUGGUGCAACGUCUGGCCUGGGAUUAGCUGCUGCUUAUAAACUUUCGAAGGAAGGAUAUGUUGUUGCCAUUGUUGGACGUUCACAACAGCUAUUGUCAGAGACCAUAAGAAAAAUCAAAGAUUCCAAUGAAGAUGCCCACCUCAAAGCUUUUCAGGUGGACAUGUCAUCAAUUGAAUCAAUCAUAAAGUUCAAAAUGUCCUUGCGACAGUGGCUUUUGGAUUCUGAUUUGCACUGCUCACUACAACUACUGAUAAACAAUGCUGGAAUACUUGCAACAUCACCUAGAGUCACAGCUGAGGGCUAUGAUCAGAUGAUUGGUACAAAUUAUAUUGGUGCAUUUGCUUUAACAAAGCUUCUACUACCACUUCUUGAAAGCAGUCCUGUAUCUUCCAAAAUUGUGAAUGUCACAUCCUUUACACAUCGAGCAGUUACUGAUGUGCAGGUUGAUGAGGGAACUGUAUCCGGGAAGAGAUUUUUGAGAUCUAUACAAUAUCCAUAUGCACAAAUAUAUGAGUAUUCUAAAUUAUACCUAAUUCUCUUCUCGAAGGAACUCCACCGACAGCUUUGCCUAAUGGGAAAAUCUCACCAGAUAUUUGUCAAUGUUGCGGAUCCUGGAGUUGUGCAGACAAACCUCAUGCGAGAAGUUCCAACCAUCCUAUCUAGUUUGGCACUACGUGUGUUGAAAUUUCUGCAGCUGUUGCAAUUCCCCGAGUCUGGGGUUGAUUCUAUUAUUGAUGCUGCUCUAGCUCCACCGGGAACAUCAGGGGCUUAUUACUUUGGGGGCAAAGGUAGGACUAUCAACCCUUCAGCACUUUCACAUAACGCCAAAUUAGCACGUGAGCUUUGGGAAAGUACAAGUAAGCUGCUGUCUGUGACCCCUUUUGGUGCUGAGGGAAACAGCUGGUAGCAUUGGUUCGUAUGUCAUGUCGUAUAACAAAGUGAAUAGGUGGCAAUUGCCCAUGUAGAUUGACAAAUGACAACCCAUUCCUCAUACACAGUACUGAGGUUUAUAAUGUAAGAGAUGUUUUAAAAAAGUACAAUAUAAACAAUUCAUGAACCUUCGCCUAGUA